UGAAGGUACCGAGCAAUGCGACAGACGACCCCCUCGAUCGGCGGCACCGAGCCAAAUAGUGCCCCAGGGGAAGUCGGUGGGAACGCCGGUCCCCAUUGUCCGUUCACGAGUGGAUCCGGCAGCGCCGCGGGAGCAUACGGAGAGGGGGGGACCACGUGCGUGCUGCGGGCUGCGGGUCGCUCCGGCCAAAUGUUUUUUCUCCGUUGGGUAGGCAGGGAGGGAGAGAGCGACAGGCAGAGGUGCGGGGAGAUGAGUAAAAUGUCUCGCAAAUACAAUACGCCGCUGCGCCCUUCCCGCAGGCGAGCUCCCCGUCAGGGGACUCGGGAAAAUAAAAGAGAGCAUGCGUUGAUGACAUCACGAAGUGCCCCUUCUUUGUGUGUCAGUGAUGUCACCAAGUGCAGUGUGGGGGACAAUGGAAUCCUGAACUCCGGGCGAGUGGGAAGCGGCUGCUCCUGCUGCGGGUUCGGCGCCGAGCCGAGGGAGGGAAGGGAGGACACAGCUGCUGCUUUGGGGCUGAAACAGACAGAGAAAGAGACAAGCACGCCUAAGAAGAAGGAAGGCAAAGUCAGCAUGAGUAAAAACUCUAAGCUGCUAUCUACCAGUGCCAAGAGGAUUCAGAAGGAAUUGGCUGACAUCACCUUAGAUCCACCCCCCAACUGCAGUGCUGGCCCCAAAGGUGAUAACAUCUACGAAUGGAGAUCAACCAUUCUAGGACCUCCAGGUUCAGUCUAUGAGGGAGGUGUUUUCUUCCUUGACAUCACAUUUACACCAGAAUAUCCGUUCAAGCCUCCAAAGGUAACGUUUCGGACAAGAAUCUACCACUGUAACAUUAACAGCCAAGGCGUCAUCUGCCUGGACAUUUUAAAAGACAACUGGAGUCCAGCGUUAACCAUUUCUAAAGUCCUCCUCUCCAUCUGCUCCCUCCUCACAGACUGCAACCCAGCUGACCCCCUGGUUGGAAGUAUUGCCACUCAGUAUAUGACUAACAGAGCAGAGCAUGACAGAAUGGCCAGGCAAUGGACCAAAAGAUAUGCUACAUAAAUAAGAUUUUUGUGAAACUCUUACAUUAUUUGUCUGUGAUGGAAAGAGCUGCUUAUGAUUUUGAAGGGGCGGGGGGAGGGAGGGUGCUGGUAAAGAGUAGGGUAUUUCUAUAACAGAUUUUAUUCAGUCUUUUAUUUCCUAAGAUUUUGUUGUUGUAACUUAAGGUAUCUUGCUACAGUAGACAGCUAGGAUUGGGAAUAGCAUAUUUUAAGACUGUAAUUAGUUCAGCAAUAUUAGCUCACAUAUAGUACCGAGGAGAAUGUAAACUUCUUAGACUUCUUUGGUUUUCAGUUUGCUUGCAAUAUGUAAAAGAUUAAAACAGCUUAAUUUUGUACAGGUACAUAUGUUGACAUUUAUGUAAAAGUUCUUUCAAGACUCUACACACUGUUUUUGCCUUUUGUUUUGUUUAGGUUUGGGGGGGUUAUUAUGUUCUGGGUUGGGGUUGGGUUUUUUUUCCCUUCUUUUUUUUCUUUGUAAAAAGAUGUUGGGAUUGUUUUCCCCUAUGGAGGGCACAUUGGUAUUUAACAAUCCUUAUUAAAGACUGUCAUCUCAUGAUCUGUGAUUAUGGAGAGGUGGAUGUAUGGCCUCAUAUAUGAAAUGAGAAGUAGUUAGUGUAUUAUUUUAUAAGCCAAUCUAUCUUUGUGAAAAGAAUAAAGGUCUUAAUCAGGAUUUACGGUAACCUGUAGUGAAAUACCUUAAGCUGUUUAAUUGUAAGGCGUGGAAUAGGAGUCACUCAGUGGAUUGGUUGUAUGUUGUGGGCUACUUAAGUCUGCAUUUGUUACUGUGCUAAUAAAAAGAUGUUUAAAAAAAAAGAAGAGGACAAGA